AUGCCUUUGGCAACACGUCUGGGAAUGGGUCGCCGUUCGAGAUCUUCUCCGACGCUCUCUAACGCUACAGAAGCUCCUGGUCCUGCGAACUCGACGGCUCCCAAUACCCCCAAUAACGUCGCGACAUCGUCACCGGUCAACUCCGCUGCUUCCUCUACAGCCCGCACCCCGAGGGCAACGUCACCGACGGCAUCUGCCACCUCCUCUACGCGCCCGGGGUUCCUUUCGCGCUUCAGCCUUCCCCUCUCUCUACCUUUGCGCAAUCGAAAUCGCAACGUCACCGACUUUCACAUCCGUGCCGAAGAACCCCAUCGUCGAUAUAGCGCUGGCGACAAUGUUCGUGGGGCUGUCGUCAUUGUCAUCGUAAAACCGAUUCGAAUUACUCAUCUAACUGUAUCGCUGCAUGGGUAUGUGCGCGUCCUCAAAGAUCCAACUUCGGUCGCCAAGGCGCAAGGGACUAUUGUAUUACCGCAAAAUGGUGACGCGGCGCGACCACGAUAUCACGGCAAUGGUCUUGCAAGUCUCUUUCAAGACGAGCAGGUAUUAAGUGGCGAGGGACGGCUGGAGCCAGGCAGAUACGAAUUUGGGUUCGAUCUCUUAUUUCCCGAUAAAGGACUGCCAAGCAGUAUUGAUUUCGAGCGAGGAACGGUUUCAUACAUGGUUACAGCGACGCUAACGCGGCCAACCUCGAUUGCCCCGACGUCAUCAUGCGAAAGAAAAGUAAUGCUGGUGGAAAACGUGGAUGUCGGAUUACUGCAUGCUCCCCGGCCGCGUACUAUUUUCUUAGAACCGAUCUCGAAACGAAACCGAAGGAGAAAGUCUAUGGCACUAGACAAGUCUUCAACUGCCCAAUCUGAGGUUAACGAACUCAACGCAGGGCAUGAGUUGACAGAGACACCGACAGAAGACUACCGUGAACACACUGCAGAUCCCAGGAGUCCAAUUCAGAGUGAUUUGCGAAGCGAAGUCAGUGGAGAUAGCGGUGUUAGCAAUAGCACGAGCUUAAGUAGGCUGGAAGCUCCACUAUCUCAAGUAGGGACACUCACGUCAGCCAAGCAACAAGCUGUUGAUAAAAAGACCAUCACGGCGACGGUAGAGCUACUGAAGGGCGGUUGUUUACCUGGGGAUGCCGUCUCUGUGCGGGUCACGGUUCAGCAUACCAAGAGAGUCAAGAGCAUGACAGGAGUAAUCGUGACAUUGCUCAGACAAGGCAAGAUCGACAGCAAUCCUCCGAAUGGCCUCUUCGACGAAUCCAUGAGCCGGGACGGUAUUGCUCACAUCGAUAAAGAAGAAGUGUUCCCCCGAUCACGGACAGGUCUUGGUGGCCUUUCGUUGACCUCAUCGAGUUCGACAAGUAUAUUCCGUAAGGAUCUUGAUCAGAAUAUCGCACCACUGAUCAUUGAUCCCAACACCAUGCAAACCUCAGUUACUGUUACUGUCAAGCUUCCGGACGAUUCCUUUCCGACAAUCAAGGGUGUUCCUGGAGAAAUGAUCAGCUUUAAGUACUUGGUUGAGGUGGUUGUUGACCUUGGUGGGAGGCUGUCGAAUCAAAUGCAAACGGGUCCCUCUAGAUUCGGGGCCUAUGGCCAUGCAAGCGGAGAUAACAACAUGUACGGGCCAAGGAGAGGCGCGAAUAUCGCAGACACUUCACAGAUGCGUCAUGAGAAAGGGGUUAUCGCAGUAUCGAUGGAGACUGUCGUAGGGACCUCGGACUCGUCACGGGGUAAGAAGAAAUCUAGGGCCUCGCCGACAUCACGGAGCGUACAGAUUCUUGAAAGCGACGAGGAGGAUGUGAUAGGACAAGAGCCAAACUAUGGCGAUGGCGCUCCUCUUGAACAUUACCCAAGCAACGGGCCGCUUUCCCCCGGUGGUUACUUCUCUUCAAAUCCCAACGGGAACCGACGCCAUCCGAUUCCUUCGCAUCCGCCCCAGCCAUAUUCACAAGUUCCUCCCUUACAAGGUCCAUCGCAUUCACGCGAAUUCGCCGGGCCAAGCACCAACGGUUUUGGUUCCUCUCCUCCAGCCCCCUCAUAUAUUCCCCCUCCGGAAAUACCAAAUGAGAACAACCUGUCGGAGAAAGAAAGAAUUCGGCAGGCCGAGACACGAUUGCUACCAAGUCAACCUCCAGGAGCGGGCCCGUCUACGAGUGAGAACCAGGACGACGAAGAUAUAUACGACGCAGAGGACACACCCCGGGUUCCAGACCUGAACGCUGGGUUUGAUACGACUACCCCUAGUGCUCCCAGUGCCCCCAGUGCCCCCAGUGCUCCCAGUGCUCCUGAGGCUGGUCCCUCGGCACCAACCGAGGAUGAUAUCGAGUCAGGAGCGGUAUCGUCGCCAGGGGUUGUUGAAGACAAGCAGGAACUUGAACGGCAGCGGCUGCUAAAUGAAGCCAGUGCUCCUCCAGAAGUUCCAGAGGAUAUGCAAAGAAGAAGAAUUGGUGGUCCCUCAAGGGAGAUGGAUGUUGAAGCUAGCGCGCCGAGUGCGCCAAGUGCGCCAAGUGCCCCUUUAGUUGACGAUUAUGAUGAGUUUCCUGGAUAUGGUUCCGGGGCAGGGCCUUCCAGCGGCCCGAGCCAAGGCGGCGGAGAACAGUUACCAGCAUACCAAAGAUGA